GUUCCCAGCGCGCGGAGGGUCUCCUGGCUGGGGAAGUUCCGAGCCGCGGAGCACGUGGGCCAAGGGGGUGGGAGAACGUUGGCGACGGAGUACGGUGCAAGUGUCAAAGAGGAAGGAGUGCAGGGCUGUGGGGUGACAGGGUGUGGUCUGCCGGGAACGAGCGGAGCGGGAGAUCGGCUCCGGGACCCGCUGCGGAGGCCGGGGCGCGGCGACAGCAAGGCGCAUCUGGAAACCGGGGCGAGGGCGAGACUUUCCGUCGGCGCCUAGUGCAGACCUGCGCGGCGCCGCCCUCGCUUCCUCCCGGCCCGCGGGGCCAGACACCUGCCGAGUCCGAGGCGCAAGUCCCGCGGAGCCUUCAGCCCCAAGAUCUCCAACUUGAGCAUAUGCCAGUGGUCAUGAGAACUCUGAGGCCAGUAAUAUAAGGAUUUUCACAUCUACUUGCAGUGGUUUUGAUCAGAUGAAAUAAUCUUCUCCAAGGUAGCUAAGUGGAAUUUCUGAGGGGCGGCUCUGGCUUCAUCUUGGCCCACAAUGAGGUUCUUUCUGCUUUGGGUCUGUACACUGUUCCUGGUGGUUUCAAGGCUAAGGGCCAUCAGCUUUCCUGAAGACGAUGAACCCCUUAACACUGUUGACUACCACUAUUCAAAGCAAUAUCCGGUUUUUAGAGGACGCCCUUCAGGCAACGAAUCGCAGCACAGGCUGGACUUUCAGCUGAUGUUGAAAAUUCGAGACACACUUUAUAUUGCUGGCAGGGAUCAAGUGUAUACAGUAAACUUAAAUGAAAUUCCCAAAGCAGAAGUCACACCAAGCAAGAAGCUGACAUGGAGGUCAAAACAACAAGACCGAGAAAACUGUGCUAUGAAAGGCAAGCACAAAGAUGAAUGCCACAACUUUAUCAAAGUAUUUGUUCCAAGAAAUGAUGAGAUGGUUUUUGUCUGUGGUACCAACGCAUUCAAUCCAAUGUGUAGAUACUACAAAUUGAAUACCUUAGAGUAUGAUGGGGAAGAAAUUAGUGGCCUGGCAAGAUGCCCAUUUGAUGCCAAACAAACCAAUGUUGCCCUCUUUGCUGAUGGGAAGCUGUAUUCUGCCACAGUGGCUGACUUCUUGGCCAGUGAUGCUGUCAUUUAUCGAAGCAUGGGGGAUGGAUCUGCCCUUCGCACAAUAAAAUAUGAUUCCAAAUGGAUCAAAGAGCCACACUUUCUUCAUGCCAUAGAAUAUGGAAACUAUGUCUAUUUCUUCUUCCGAGAAAUUGCUGUAGAACAUAAUAACUUAGGCAAGGCAGUAUAUUCCCGAGUGGCACGCAUAUGUAAAAACGACAUGGGUGGAUCCCAGCGGGUCCUGGAGAAACACUGGACUUCUUUUCUGAAGGCUCGGCUUAACUGUUCUGUCCCUGGAGAUUCUUUUUUCUACUUUGAUGUUCUGCAGUCUAUUACAGACAUAAUUCAAAUCAAUGGCAUCCCCAUGGUGAUUGGGGUGUUUACCACACAGCUCAACAGCAUCCCUGGUUCUGCAGUUUGUGCAUUUAGCAUGGAUGACAUUGAAAAAGUAUUUAAAGGACGGUUUAAAGAACAGAAAACUCCAGACUCUGUUUGGACAGCAGUUCCUGAAGACAAAGUACCAAGGCCAAGACCUGGCUGUUGUGCCAAACAUGGCCUUGCAGAAGCUUAUAAAACCUCCAUUGACUUCCCUGAUGAGACCCUGUCUUUCAUCAAAUCCCACCCUCUGAUGGAUGCUGCUGUUCCACCCAUUGCUGAUGAGCCCUGGUUCACAAAGACUCGGGUUCGGUACAGACUUACGGCCAUCGCAGUAGACCAUUCAGCAGGGCCCUACCAGAACUACACGGUCAUCUUCGUUGGCUCUGAAGCUGGUGUGGUACUUAAAGUUUUGGCAAAGACCAGCCCUUUCUCCUUGAAUGGCAGUGUGUUACUGGAAGAGAUUGAAGCUUACAACCAAGCAAAGUGCAAUGCGGAGAAUGAGGACGACAAAAGGGUUCUCUCCCUGCAGUUGGACAAAGAGCACCAUGCAUUGUAUGUGGCAUUCUCCAGCUGCGUCAUCCGCGUACCCCUCAGCCGCUGCGAGCGGCAUGGGUCGUGUAAAAAGUCUUGCAUUGCAUCACGUGACCCAUACUGCGGCUGGUUAAGCCAGGGAACUUGUGGAAGAGUGACCCUAGGGAUGCUACUGUUAACUGAAGACUUCUUUGCUUUCCAUAACCACAGCGCUGGAGGGUAUGAACAGGACACGGAAUACGGCGGCACAGCCCACCUAGGGGACUGCCAUGAAAUUUUGCCUACUUCAACUACACCAGAUUACAAAAUAUUUGGCGGUCCAACAUCUGACAUGGAGGUAUCUUCAUCUUCUGUUACCACAGUGGCAAGUAUCCCAGAAAUUACACCUAAAGUGAUUGAUACCUGGAUACCUAAUCUGACGAACUCCCGGACAUUUGUAGUUCAAGAUGACCCAAUCACUUCUGAUCUUACUGAUACUUUAUCAGAUAUCCCAAAGGGUGUGCGAUGGGAAGUCCAGUCUGGAGAGUCCAACCAGAUGGUCCACAUGAAUGUCCUCAUUACCUGUGUCUUUGCCGCUUUUGUUUUGGGUGCAUUCAUUGCAGGAGUGGCAGUAUACUGUUACCGUGACAUGUUUGUGCGGAAGAACAGGAAAAUCCACAAAGAUGCAGAAUCUGCCCAGUCGUGCACAGACUCCAGUGGAAGUUUUGCCAAGCUGAAUGGUCUCUUGGACAGCCCGGUCAAGGAAUAUCAACAGAAUAUUGAUUCUCCUAAGCUUUAUAGUAAUCUGCUGACCAGUCGCAAGGAGAUACCACCCAAUGGGGAUACAAAAUCAAUGGUGAUGGACCAUCGGGGCCAGCCUCCAGAACUGGCUGCUCUCCCCACACCAGAGUCCACGCCUGUACUCCACCAGAAGACCCUGCAGGCCAUGAAGAGCCACUCAGACAAGGGCCAUAGCCAUGGACCUUCAAGAAAGGAAGCCCCUCAGUUUUUCCCUUCUAGUCCUCCACCCCAUUCUCCAUUAAGUCAUGGGCAUAUCCCCAGUGCCAUUGUUCUUCCAAAUGCUACCCAUGACUAUAACACAUCUUUCUCCAACUCCAAUGCUCACAAAGCUGAAAAGAAGCUUCAAAAUAUUGACCACCCUCUUACAAAGUCAGCUAGUAAGAGGGAUCACCGGCGGUCUGUUGAUUCCAGAAAUACCCUUCAUGAUCUCCUGAAACAUCUAAGUGACCCAAAUAGUAAUCCCAAAGCCAUCAUAGGAGACAUCCAAAUGGCCCAUCAGACCCUUAUGCUGGAUCCUGUGGGACCUAUGUCUGAGGUCCCACCAAAAGUACCUAACCGAGAGGCAUCUCUGUACUCCCCUCCUUCAACACUUCCCAGAAAUAGUCCAACCAAGCGAGUGGAUGUUCCCACCACUCCUGGAGUCCCAAUGACUUCUCUGGAAAGACAACGUGGUUAUCACAAAAAUUCCUCCCAGAGGCACUCUAUAUCUGCUAUGCCUAAAAACUUAAAUUCACCAAAUGGUGUUUUGUUAUCCAGGCAGCCUAGUAUGAACCGUGGAGGAUAUAUGCCCACCCCCACAGGGGCAAAGGUGGACUAUAUUCAGGGGGCACCAGGAAGUGUCCACUUGCAACCCUCUCUCUCCAGACAGAGUAGCUACACCAGUAAUGGCACGCUUCCCAGGACGGGACUAAAGAGGACACCGUCCUUAAAACCUGAUGUGCCACCAAAGCCUUCCUUUGUUCCGCAGACCACAUCUGUCAGACCACUAAACAAAUACACUUACUAGGCCUCACACGUGCUGUUCCAGUGUGGCUUUAUCCUGUCUGUGUUGUUAGAAGGAUGUUGUAAGGUACCUUAAGACAAGAGACCUGCUUGGAUUUUUAAGAAAACCAAGUAGCCAAAGAAACUGUCUCCCUUUGGCAUCAUCAGAACUUGGCACAUGUAGCUACUGCAGCAAGGCUCUGUGAACUAGCCUGAAAACAAAGGAAGGUGCUGGUCAUUCCAUUUCUUUUGUUCCAAGCUGAAGUGAUGUGUAGCUCUAAAGGGCUGCCCCACCCAGUAUAAAGAGCUGAUGAUACAGUACUCAGAAGAAUCUGUGAACAAAUACUUGAAAAUGGGCUCAGUUUAGACUGCCAUGAUGUGCAGUCUUCCCAUUAAAUGUGAACAUUUUAAUAUGUAUGCAUUCACCUUGCCUCUUGCACAAAUGUCAAAAAUAAAAGGAUGGUAAUGUCUUACAAAAUGAAUUUACAGAUUACCAAGCAAUUUGCUAAAACUUCAAUCUUUGACCCAAAUUGUAGCAUUUUUUUAUGUUGCCAACAAAAUGUUGGAGGUGCAUGUGUUUGUGUGUGUGUGUGUAUGUGUGUGUGUAUGUGUGUGUGACAUAGAAUGAGAGAGAGAUAGGCAGAGAGAGAAAGAGAUGGAGAGAAACAGCUCUGUACCCACUUGGAUUUAAUUAGGUGCCCAUUGCAUCUUUUGUACUAUGGAGUUGUUUACAUUAAGCAUGACUGAAUAAGAACAUUAAGUUCUUCCCACAUCAGUCCAUUGGGUUCAGCUCUGAGGAAGGAAUACAAUUGAGGCUGCUUUGAUAGUCAGUAAAAACUUAACAUAGGUGGUAUCCAAUGCCAGGAUGUAAGAGUUCUAAGUAAUUUCGUGCUGCUAGUCAUUAACAUUUCAUUCCAGUCUUGCCAGUUUAAGAAGCUAGAGAAUUUAAGAGGUAUCCUUAAUCUAUCUACCAGUAUUCAGUAGUAAAAUUUACCUGUCCACUGUGAAUUGAAGCCUGAGGCACAGUACUUAACCUUGGACCUAAGGGUUAAUUUCGAUUGUGUGUGUGUGUGUUUUUUUUCCCCCUCAUAUAAUAAAGAAUUUCAUCCUUUACUUCUCCUACGUCCAAGGCAAAAAAAAAAAAAAAAAAAAAAAAGGAAAAGCAAAAUAGGACAAAAGACUAAAGAAAUUCCAAUUUGCUUAACAGGGAGGGUCUAUGAAAACCUCUAUGGUGUGAUCAUGUCGUUGUGUUGUGUUAUGUAAGAAUUAUCUCCUGAGUCAUGCAGGUAAUGACAGUAUACUCUAAAUACUAUGUGUGAGUUUACCUGAAUCUGUGCAUUUUGUGCCUUAUUCACGAGAAUGAUAUAAGUACUAAAAUAUGUGUCCAGUGUUUUCAAUAUCACGCAUCAUUUACUGAGUGCCAGUUGUAAAUGUUUCUCAGCCAGCACCUCAAAACCUUUAGAAAAAUCAUCAAAGCAGCCUAGAACAACUAAUUGUUUAACAAUCCACCAAAAAGAAUAGCAACAGUAUAUAUCCUUUGUCAUGAAAAGUAUUCCACUCCCUUUGCUGAGAAUGAGAUGGUGACAAUGUGAAGUCAAAUCAGGUUUCUAGGGGAAAGCAACACCUGCAGAAACCACAGAGUCAUUUCUAAGUCGUUUGGCAGAGACCACUGAUUGUGGAUGAGGUGCAACCUUCUUUUUCAGUUAAUAUGCUGCACACCACCCAAACGUUUAUUGAACCAAGGCUCCUGACCUAGUCAGAUAUGUAAGUUCAACUUACUCCUUGUGCUACUGCUGAUGGUAUUUGUUACUUGGGGGAGGAUGGGAAACAGAAGACAAGAUCUUCUUUAUAUAGAAUGUAGAAUACUGAUACAGUUGUUCUUUUCCUUUGAGACAUUGUUUUGUGGAAAACAGAAUUUCCUGUCAGCUCUUGAACUUCCAAGAAACAACUAUUCUCAAAAGCUUCAUUUUUGCAACUAAAAUAUGAAAAAUUAAUAAUAAAUUAAACCACCCAAUGACAAACUCUACUCAGUCCACCCACAACAAACAUUUCUGAAUUUACCUUACCAAUAUUAAUCCCAGUGUGGUAAUUGUGUGUGACCCCAGAUAACAUUCUGUAACAUUGUACUGCCUUUAUAGUUUGUAAUGUGAGUUCUAUCAGUAUUUAUGUUGGAAUUUCUAACAUGGGUUCUAGUCUGUAUUCUGUUAAUUUAAUUUUUAAAUGCUUUAUCCAUUUGUGCAAAGGUAAACACAGAUUGUAUCUUUUUUAAUGGUACGGCAUAAAAAAUAACCCUAAAGUGAAGUGGCUCUAUACUGUUUUAUAGAGUACUUUAACGUGUAUAGAUACCUUGUAAACUUGUAUUGUGUAUGUGUAAAUAAUAUGUACUUUGGGUUUUUAACACCGCAUGUAAAGUCAAAAUAAAAUAUCCAAAUGAUGGUA